AUGCCCAUCUGCAUCGAAUGUUCCUAUCCGGUCUCCCACCUAUACAGCGCUUACAGUCGCGCUGAUGACCGAUCCCAAGGCAAGGGCGUGCGAUUGACGCAAUGCCCGCGAUGCCAGCGAUUUGCCGAUAAAUACGUUGAAUACGAUUUCGUCGUGCUCUUCAUUGACUUGGUGCUUAUCAAACCCCAGGUCUACCGUCACCUUCUGUUCAAUCGGCUUGGACGCGACGACAAUCAGUACGAUCGAUCCAUCAUUCGCCUCGGUGUUCUCCUACUUCUUUUCGACGUCUACCUGACCUGGGCACGCAUCGAAAAGGAUCCAUCCCUCGCAGCGACCUUCCUCUCGCGCGCCCCCAUCAUCGUCCAAUACCUCUUCUUCCUGAGCUUAAACGCCGCCGCAACCCUUGCGCACCACUUAGCAGUCCGCCUGUUAGCUUCAGUCCUAAUUCCAAAAUCCCGCCGGUACAGCGGCCCAGACAGCAGCAACAAUGCCGCCACCACCACAACAAACACCGGCGAAGCAACUCCAUUCCCCUCUGGGCCCUCAACACCCACGAUCCGACCUUCUCCAUCUACGGCCUCGGUCAAUGCGCAAUUUCCACCCCAAUCAAACCCUCUGGCAAGUCCGAUCAAGGCAACCCAAGCCUCGGGCACCCACAGCGAGGUCACCUCCCCAAUCGAUGGCCAGGCGCCACCAAUCCCACCACCGCGCCCAGCCCCGCCAUUGCGUCGCGCCUCAACAGCCCCGCUCCAGAAUAUACAGCCGCUUCCCCCUCCAACAGCAGCAAGCCCAGCAGCAAUCAGUACCGCGCUGCUAGUAAGCAGUUGCGCAAAGCUGUUCCCCAUACUCCUAGUAAUCUGGGGUGCCGACGGCAGCGGCAGCCUAUCCAAAAUUCCAACGCAUAGCCAGACAGCAGCGACAAUUCGAGCUGCAUCUCAGACGGCUACCAUUUCUAGCACUGUGCGCCAGAGUCUGUAUUCCAAGGCUACAACUGCAUCUUCUGUUCUCGCGGCGAAAGUAUCAGCCUCGGCAACUCCCUCUGCUACGCCAGUUCCAACUUCAUCCCUGGAAUCGUGGCUUGGGGGUUUGGUUUCCUCUAUGCGGAGUUCUACGCCCACUAGUCAUCUGGCUGGGCUGUUUGAUUUGCUUGCCUCGUUGCUUUCCCUUGGUGUUGUCGAUACGCAUCUCGUGCUACUAAGCAAUAUUGAGGCGUUGUAUAUCUUGCUCGGGUGUGGUUAUUUGCGGGCUGUUGCUGUUGCGGUUGCUGGUCAGGUUGCGCGGUGGGCAGUGCAGAAGGUUAUUCUGGGGGCUAUUGGGGUUGGAUAA